GAAAAACGGGAAGUCAUUUUCCAGAUUUCACACGGUCCUUCACAUUUUCCCUUCCCUCUCUCCACACCCAAAAUCAUUCGCGAUCCAGUGGCCUCCUUCUCACCGGUGAUUAUUGACUCAGGCGGACGGUCAUCUUCUCAGGGUAUUACCAUUGAUAUUGCCCUGUGAAAGUUUGAGACCACCAAGUACUACUGCACUGUGAUCGAUGCCCCUGGACAUCGUGACUUUAUCCAGAACAUGAUUACUGGUACCUCCCAGGCUGACUGUGCUGUUCUCAUCAUCGACUCAACCACUGGUGGUUUCGAAGCUGGUAUCUCUAAGGACGGUCAGACCCGUGAGCAUGCUUUGCUUGCGUUCACCCUUGGUGUCAAGCAGAUGAUUUGCUGCUGCAACAAGAUGGAUGCAACAACUCAAAGGAUAUGCCCCAAAGAAUUAUCCUGCCAAGGAGGCAGCCAACUUCACCUCACAAAUCAUUAUCAUGAACCACCCUAGUCAGAUUGGAAAUGGAUAUGCCCCAGUUCUCGACUGUCACACCUCCCACAUUGCCAUCAAAUUUGCUGAAUUGUUGACCAAGAUUGACAGGCGAUCUGGGAAGGAGCUUGAGAAGGAGCCCAAGUUCUUGAAGAACGGUGAUGCACAGAUUGUGAAGAUGGUUCCGACCAACCCUAUAGUUGUCGAGACUUUCUCGGAAUACCCACCUCUUGGUCGGUUCGCUGUGAGGGACAUGCGCCAGACCGUUGCUGUUGGUGUCAUCAAGAGCGUCGAGAAGGACCCAACCGAUGCCAAGGUCCCCAAUUCUGCCGCCAAGAAGAAGUGAGGUUGCAUUUGAGCAAUAAUUGUGACUGCAAGGAUAGUUUUCUAAAAUCUUCUUUUAUUUUUAAAAUCUGUCAUGUUUUGUUUAAGACCCUGGCUAUCGUUGUUGAAUCUAUCUUUAGUUUGUCUUGCUCAAUUUCCAUCAAAGCCCAUUUCUAUUGAUGUUUUCAUGAGGUGUUUCGCUUGCUUUGCUCAUUAACUUGGUAGGCAUUCA